UUAAGAGCCCCGCGAAACGGACGUCAAGGCGCGUGCGCAGCCUUAAAAAUUGAAAGCAAUUGAAAUUUAUUGAAAACACUUGCAAAAGUACGGCUUUAUCGCAAUUUUUUUUUUUGGAGGCAAUGUUAAAUAGAAUAUCAAUUAGUUUGUUAUUACUUUUGUUUACCUAUGCUGCUGCUCUGGUGGACAAACAACAAAACUGGGCCCAAGUGCUGGGCAUUGGUCUAGGCAAUAUAGCCAAACAAAAUUUGUACAAUGAUGCACCCCGACAGAAUGCAGAAUACGAUUUCAUUGUUGUUGGCUCUGGCCCAGCAGGUUGCGUGCUGGCCAAUCGUCUGUCCGAGAAUCCCAAAUGGCAGGUUUAUCUCAUCGAAGCCGGAGGCGUUGAGUCUUUGCCACAUCAAAUACCCAUAAUGGCGGCAUUUCUUCAGGGGACGCACUCCAAUUGGGGCUACAAAUCGGUGCCGCAGAAGCAAGCCUGUUUUGGCAUGAACAACAAUGAAUGCUCGCUGCCCAGAGGCAAGAUCUUGGGCGGCACCAGCUCCAUCAACUACAUGAUCUACAAUCGAGGCAAUCGCAGAGACUUCGAUCGCUGGGCUGAGUUUGGCAAUGAGGGCUGGUCCUAUGAGGAGGUGUUGCCCUAUUUUCUAAAAUCGGAGAACGCCAAUUUGAAGGGAUUGCAAAUGUCACCCUACCACAAUCAUACGGGUCCUUUGAGUGUGGAAGAUGUUCGUUAUCGCACUACUGCUGCCGACGCCUAUGUCAAAGCUGCCCAGGAGGCGGGACAUCGAAAAACCGAUUACAAUGGGGAGUCACAAAUGGGAGUUUCCUAUGUGCAGGCCACCACUCAAAAUGGCAGAAGACACAGUGCCUUUGCCUCCUAUAUACAGCCCAUAAGGAAUAGCCGACGGAAUUUACAUAUAGUCACCAUGGCUAGGGUUACCAAAGUUCUCAUUGAUGUUGACACCCAAAAGGCCUAUGGUGUUCGCUUGUUAUACCGCAACACCUUGUAUACCAUUAGGGCUCGCAAGGAAGUUAUACUCUCAGCAGGAGCUUUCAAUUCUCCUCAAAUUCUAAUGCUUUCGGGCAUAGGCCCCAGAGACAAUCUGGAGGCCAUUGGAGUGCCCCUAGUUAAGGAGUUGCCAGUGGGCAAACUUAUGUAUGAUCACAUGUGCCAUUUUGGACCCACCUUUACCACCAACACUACAGGCAAUACAUUUUUCGUCUCACAGACCAGACCUGGACUCUUCUCCUCCUAUUUCAGAGGGGAUCCUUCAACAGUGCUCUCUUCCAUUGGAGGCGUCGAAACUUUAACCUUUGCCAAGACUCCUCAGUCACAGGAACCCUCCGAUAUGCCUGAUGUAGAAUUAAUCUCAGUGGCUGGCAGUUUGGCCUCUGACCAAGGCACCGGCCUUAUGCAAGGAGCCAAUUUCCGCCAAGACAUCUACACCAAAGUCUAUGAGCCUUUGUACAAUGCCCAACAGGAUCAUUUCAGUUUUCUCAUUAUGCAAUUUCAUCCCAAAUCUGUGGGUCGUUUGUGGCUGCGUACUCGCAAUCCUUUGGAAUGGCCACGCAUUAAUCCCAAAUAUUUUCACAAUUCCGAAGAUGUGGAACACAUUUUGGCGGGCAUUAAAGAAGUCAUACGCAUCAGUCAAAUGCCUGCACUACAAAGGCUGGCCACACGUUUGCAUGAUCUACCCGUGCCUGGCUGUGAGGAGCAUACAUUUGGCAGCGAUGAUUAUUGGCGUUGCUCCAUACAAGUCAUGUCGUACACCUUACAUCAUCAGGUGGCCACUUGCCGUAUGGGCCCAGACACCGAUGACACCACUGUGGUCAAUGCCAAACUGCAAGUGCAUGGCAUUGCCGGAUUAAGGGUAGCGGAUACGAGUAUUAUACCCUUUCCACCCACCUGUCAUACAAAUGCGGCCUCAUUUAUGAUUGGUGAAAAGGCCGCGGAUAUGAUACGAGCACAAUGGUCUGAAGAGGAUGAGUGAAAAGCAGUAUUUUAAGUUAUUGUAUGCCUUAGAAAUAAGUUUAGGUAUA